AUGGUUGCAGGAACAUGGUCGGUCGCUAAAUCGGCCCAAAAGCGCUUGUUUCGGAAACGUCGAAGCCGGAAGGGCAGCAACACUCAAAGUCAACAGAAAGUAGAUCGAUUAGUGAUGUCGUCAUCGUCAGUGCGUGGUACUGGUGGUUCGUCCGUCUCAUCACUGGCACUUCAGGAGAACGCCACCGAAGAAAAAGCAGGAUGGCUCAAUAAAUGGACAAAUUACUUGAAAGGAUAUCGACAACGAUGGUUUGUGCUCGAUUCCACAGCCGUACUCAGCUAUUACAGUUCAAAGACCGUUUUGCUACCAACAUGGGAGUGA